GAUGCAAUAGAUUGAUUGAACCAGCGAGCGUAUGGGUCAAAAGACUAGGAUUAGAGCGAAGCGAUUCAUUUACCAGCAACAGAAACAGAAAAUAUACAUCGUGAAGAAAUCUGCUAUCGUAAAAAUGGAUUAUUUCGAGUUUACAGAAAGGAAAUCGUCUACUGAUGAAUGUGUUUAUGAAUUUCAACAAUAUUGUGAUGAGAACUCAGUUUGUAAUAUAGGAAAUCAAGACAAUUUUUUGAGUUUACCAAAUGACUUUUGCCUUGACGCGGAUCCACCGGCAACGAAGCACGUUCGGGUCAUCCAUUUUGACAGUAUGUAUUGGCAAGCUAAAAUCUAUUAAAAACGUGCUAACUAUACAGGUACACAAUGGUAUAAUAAGCUAAAGUUAAAGCACAGGACUAUUUAGUAAAGGCAAUUUAUUUUACUAUGUGUCUGUGAACCAAGUAAAUUAGAACAAUGGAUCCAAACUCGAUCCGAAAUCAACACGAGACUUCCGUAUGGCAAGCUCUAUUCAGGGCGCAACACCUACGUGUGACCAGAAACCUGGCGAGAAAACAAGGGCUUUCCAACCUGCAGCACCAACGCCCAUCAAGGGAAAGUGUAUCAUCUAGGCCUAGAGUCAAUUUGUUGAGGCUUGAUAGUCAAGGAGAGGAUAGGCCUAGCAAGAGUCCACCUAUUUUACCUUCUUCUAAAAGUAAUAUUUAUCAUCACUCUGAAGUUAAUUACUACAAGGAAAUACCAACAAUGAUUAAAUCAAAAAACUCUUAUUACUCACCACUGCCAGUUAAUCAAAGACUACAAAAUAUUUUGCAAACAAGAACUAAUGAGCUAAAUGCUGUUAUGUUACAAAGAUGUUCUAUUACGCAUUCAGAUAAAAAUUCAAGUGAAUUUAUAAAACUUGCACAGAUUUCAUCAUUUCCAGCAAAUGAAAAUAAGAUGCAAAAAGAGAAAAUCUUUGCGCCCUCUGUUCCGUUAACGCGACGUUUGCCGUAUUUUAGACCAAUGAUUCCGGUAGUAGGAAUGAGUGCUGCUGCUAUUCUGUUUGGCAGAUUUAAACAAGGAGCUAGAACUAACAUGUUUAUGCAAGCCCAUGCCUCAGAAGAACCACCCGAGUCCAAGGUGUUUGACAUCCAUCAGUCAUUAUCUUUAGCAAAAUUCGAACUUAGAGAAUUGCAAAAAUUGACAAUGAAUCAACAUCUACCUCAAAGUAACCAGGUUGCAAGGCCUGCUGUUACAGACAAUAAAAAUGAAUGUAUUCCAGAUAUUGAUAUCAAGGGUGAAAAAAUGAACCCAAAAGAUGUAGGCCUAGAGGAAGUUGACCCUCUUCUUUCCACAUUGUCUGUGGAACAAGAUAUAAAAAGCAAUGAAUGCAAUAACCAAAGCGAUGUCAAUCUUCAGGCAUCUCCAACAGAUCAUCAUUCUAGUAAUGAACAUUUAAGUGAAGACAGCUCAUGUUAUUUCAGUUCCGAAUGUAAUGACGGAGAUGAUGACAGUGAUGGUAAUCGUAGAAGCAAUGCUUCCGAAGAUGAGAAUGAUGAAGACGAUGAAGAUUAUAGUGAUCAAGAUAGCGAUUGUGAUUCAUCAGGAUCUCUAUCUGAUUUUGAAAGCGACACUGAGUCGUACGAUGCAUCCAGUGAAUAUGAAUCUGAUUCUGAUAUUGAAAGUGAUUCUGAGUCUUGGUCAAGCGAUGUCAAAAAUGAUGAGGUUCCUGUAUGCGCCAAUUCCAUCGUCUCUUUCAUCUUAGGCCAAGAUAGCGAAGCUGCAGGCAGCAAGGACAGUGGCUUUGAUGAAGGGGAUGAACAAACACAAAAUGAUGCUGACAAUACAGACCAGGUUGAUGAGGAUCGUCUAUGGCGCUCUUUCAUGGCAUCUGGAGAUCCUUACAACCCUAUUAAUGGAUGGAAGUGUUCUUCAGAUAGUCCAUUCCGAGGAAGUGCCUCGGUGAAUCAAAGUGGCCUUGGUCCACAAGAAGUGCAAUCCCCAUCAAACCUUAAGUCAGACAAUGCAGAGCCACAUUACUCGAUAUCUGAUGACGAUAUCUCAACAGAUGUCAAACAUGCUGAUUCAUCUGGUCAAACUAAAGAUGACCAGCAGACACAAAAUGGUAAAGUGGAUGGAGUGUCUUGCCCAGUUAUUAAAUGCCUUCUAUCUUGUGCUAUGCCAUCCAAUAAAACUAAUCUGAACAAUAAGUCUAAUGAAAUUAAUUGUGAUGCUGCUGUUAAUACUGUAGUGAACAUUGUUAAAAGCUGUUUCAAGAACAAGUUGUCAGGACAACAAGAAAAACAAACUAAGAAAGUCUCUUUCAGUGACAAGGAUGUUAGCUCCGUUGCUUACGAAAACCCUGCUUGGUACGACGACUACCGUGAAGUGCGCAAACCAUAUUGGGAAAGCUUUGCCCGUGACCGAUUUCGGUUCCACCGAAGAGUGAACGAAAUCAGCGAUGCUAUUAGCUACUGUUUUGAACCGAACCACCGAAGAAAGAUAAUGAAAACGCUCAAAAUAGACGAAUAAUUUUAAUGAAAUCUUUUAUGCAAAUAUGCUGCAUUGAUAUUUACACAAUUUUUCAUACAUGAAUUAUUAAAAAAAUUAUUUAAUAGUUGGUGGUACUGGUACAAUUCUUAUAUUAGUUGUGGUGGGCAUGUCUCGCAUUAGUCCUGCUGGCUGAGGUGGUGUAUGAUACCAAGAAGUGCAGUUAAACAGUACUUCAUACCACAACAUACAGUACAUUAACUAUAGAGGUCUCAUUUAGAUGCCAGAAACCAGUAGUCACUGUAUGGGAUACAAUUUAAUUAUUAUAUGGGUGUGGUUAUUUACCUAAUUCUACCUGUGGAUGAUAAUAUAUGGACCUUUGAAAGGGGAGUGUUAUCAUCCAAGAUAGUAACAAUGCAUUAGAUAAUAGUUUAAUUAAACAAGCUGGGUUAGUGAACAGUAACUGUAUGAUAGUGUACAGUAUAUAAAUUAUAUUGGAAGACAGCACUUUUUAACUAUUUAGAAAUAGUACAUAGACUUUCAGAGAGAUAUAAAGCCCUGCCCAAACCAUCAAAUUUUGUCUGACAAAAACAUGUGAUAUGCCUAAAUAUGGUCAUGAUGACAUCACAUCAUGACCAUAUACAGGUAUAGGCACAUCAUCACUAACUAUGGGCAUAGAACAUUACUUUGUUAAAGAAAAUCUGAUAAUUUGGACGAUUGGUGUGUGUUCUGUACUCUAGGUAGUCGGAGAAUGAUUCUCGUACAUGUUUUCUCUGACAAAGUCAAAAUAAUUAGAGAUAUUGUCUGUUUAAAGGUUGGCAGACAAACAGACAUGCUGUUGCCUUACAUUUUAAUAUUAUACAUACUGUAGUACUGUAUAAAGUUUAGAAGUGGUUGGGAUUUUAAUUGUAAAUAGAUUCCAUAGAUUUUUUUUAUAUACAGAAUUUAGGAGAAUCAAAGAUGUUUAUUAACCUACACCAUGUUUGAAUAAUUUGUUCUAAUAUUGUGAUAAUAUUGUUGUGUUAAUUUAGUGAAAUGUAGUGCAGAUUAGUCUACAAACCAAUGAGAAGACAUUGGGCUUGUCCUAUUCCCACUGUGCAAGAAAAACAUGCUUUAAAAAUACUGUACCAAUCAAAACAUAAUUUAAGAAAGCCAAACAUCUCAUCUUUGUUAUUCUAAUUUCCUCAAUACCUCGCUUUACUUAACCUUGAGUGGGCUGUGUCUGGCAUGGAAGAUCUUAGUACCUCAGUUUUUACUAUAUAUCACAGUACAUAGGGACCAUUUUAUGCUUGCUACACAAUUUCACAACCAUUAAACAUUAACCAGCAGUUUUUAGCUCCGAUGAGGAGCUCUAGAAACACUUGGCUGAUUGAUUAAUAGAUCUUUUUGUAUGGGCAGCCAUUAGGUCCAAUAUACUCUACUGCCUCUGUUAUACUACCAUCAUCAGGCCUUUUGAGAUUACAAGAACUUGUUUAACGGUUAAUACUAUAAACAUUACGCAUUUUGUUCUACAUUUCCCAGUGUAACUGUUUUGAGAUCCACAACCCCAAAUUGUGUUUUAAGGUAUAUUUAUAUUGCAUAUCAUCCUACAGUAUAUUAAAUAGUUUGCCUAGCCAGUUUAUUUUAAAUAACCUCAAUCUUUUGCUAUUAUUGGUAGCUUAUGUGUGAAUGUCACACAGGUAAAUGUUCAAAAAGAAGUUCUUUAUUUCCUCCAUGGUUAGCCUAGGAAGUGUUGUUCACCUCAUCUUUAAUCCUAUUUGUUAGGCACUUUUAAAGAUCCUAUGUGGAUAAAAUCUUGAUUCUUUAGUCUGUAAAAUGUUGUCUUUCAUCAUUUAUAAUUGACAAUUUAUUUUAUGGUUUCUAAAAUAUAAAAAUGUAUUAAAUAAUUAGAAAGAUGGUAUACAGUACAGUAUUAGAUUUUCCCUUCAGACACAAGACAUUGUUUAAUCAGAUUUAAUCUCAUAGUGUAUUGCAUCAGAAAUUGCAUGCGUCACCAUGUUUGUUGCAAGUCUGAUAUGUAUCAUUAACAUAUUGACAGAUAAUUGAUAGUACUAUGUAAUAUUGUAGAUAAAAAUUCUCUGAAUGUAUUAAAUACUGUAGUUGAUUUAUUUAAUAAUAAAAACUCAGCUGAUAGUAGUUAAACAGAGUAAUAGUCUAUUAUGGUGUGGUUGCACUUCUUAAUUAUUGAGUACUCAUUAAUCAGUGUGUCAUUUAUAAGAUCUGAUUAACUUUAAAUUAUACUAUUUCCUAAAUUUACUCCGAUUUAUGUCCAUUAUUAUGAAAUUAAUAUGGCUGUUUACUAAUGUAGUUUUAAGUUCCCUAACUCAAUUACAAAGUGAACUGUAUUUGCAUUUUGAUGCAUCUUUUAUUGCCCAUUUAAGACAUUGUCAUUAUAUACAUAUUAUACUAAUUUUAAGUCAAUCGUGAUAUCAUCACUGCAACUCCCAUUGUUAUCUUCUAAUUCCCAACCAUGCACUUAUUUUUGAUUAGUGCAUGGCUUGCUUGAUCUUUUUUUUAAAUUCAAUAGAAUAAGAAACAUUCUUUGGAAAUGGUGGGUGUACCGUAAACUAGAUGUACUCAUUGUGUUUUAGCCACAAACUCUUCAAUUUAGUACAUUUGGUUAUUAUAAAUAACCUUGAUGGUACAUAAUUUACAUGUUACAGGAAAAGCCCUUUGUUUUCUUGUUGAAUUUUAUCAAUAAAAUAUAACGACUAAAUAAU